UGGAUAUGGCAAUCGGGGAUUUAUUUAUCCCAGGGACCCAUAAUUCUGGAUCAUACAGCGAAGAAUUACCUCCAACAAUCCUCCAAAGAUACACAGUAACACAAGACAGAAGUGUCUUGGACCAAUUGAUCUCCGGGGCACGAUAUUUGGACAUAAGACCCUGCAUUCAUGACAACGAAUACUGGGUUUGUCACGGGACAUUUAAAAUGCAACCUCUCGAUCAAAUACUUCAAGACAUAAAAGAGUUCAUGAAAAAUACAGAUGAAAUAGUUAUUGUCAGUUUCAAGGAAUUUCCUCUCGGGUUUUAUUCUGUUAAAGAUUAUAUUGAAUUUUUGACGUUCAUUAGUAAAGAGUUAGAAGCUUAUCGUUACAAAUCAACAUUCGUUCAGAAACUGACUUUAGGUGAUUUCUGGUCACAUGGUAAAAGACUUAUUUUAAGUUACCGUGGCAGGAUCAACCACGAUUCACAUUACCUAUGGGCGAGAAUACUUCAAGAAUGGGGUAAUGUUAGAAGUAUACCAGAACUUUAUGCUUACAUUAAUCGCGCUGAAAAUAGAUUGUUAACUAUUAAUAGAGAACACUUUCUGAUUGAUUGUCUGAGGGCUGUAAUGGCUGAAGUGACGUUAGACAGUUCGAUGAUAAUAGCCGAUGCUGCGGCUUACUAUUUUGGCCAAAGUAGAAAAUCAUUGCGUGAAUUUGGCGUCGAAGCUGGACCACUUAUUACAGGCUGGUACAACGAUGACCACUCUGGGUCUGCGAAUAUUGUCGCGGUGGAUUUUAUUGACGCUAGUGGAAUUGUUGAACUUGCCAUACGAAGCAACUUAAUGCGAGCCGAAAAUCCUCAUAGACGUUAAAUUUAUAUUUAUUGUUAAUUCAAACGUAUUACUAAGAUAUUUUGAAAUGGUGUUGAGUAAUAUUCAUUGCUACACUGAGAAAAUUAAAUAAUAGGAAUUACUAUCUAGUUAUGGUAAAAAUUUUUACCAGCAAUUCGAUAGUAGUGAAUACU